GACGUUUUUGGAUAUUUUGAUUUUGACGUGUACACUGUCGCGUUUGCCUUAUUUACAACAAUUGUAAUUUACAUAAAUAAAAUCGUUUAUACACCAAAAUGUCUAGCGGUCAAUGGGAAGUUGUAGGUAAAAACAAGAAGUCUCAAAAUGGGAAAGUAAAAAUAAUAAAGGAGGAGGAGAAGAAGCCGACUCGUAAUGGUCCGAAGCCUGAAGACGUUGCGCCACCGACUAAAUCGUAUUAUGCCGGCAUGGAGAUCGAUGACCCACAGGCUAACGGAAAGAAGGUCAGCAAAAACAAGAAGAAAGCUGAACCUCCCAAGCCGAAACCGCCGAAAACCAUUGAAGGAGCAUUUGAAGCUAUUGACGCAACUGAACUAGCAAAUAUCAUUACAAGCAACAAAAUCCGGUUCAGCAACGCACCCCUAGUCUGGUUGAAAGAAGUCGCCAAUUUCCUCAACUCCAAGACCCAAAUAGAAGUCGAAGACCCAACGUUUUCAGCCCAAGACCCUUUGUAUCCUCUGUCGGUGGUGCCUUCGGAAAUAAAGAGUUUGCUGGAGAAAGUGCUGAGUGAUGCGGGAAAGGCUAACGCUCAGUUGUUCUUUGAUGUUACUCUCACCGCUUUAGCUAAUGAUAUGAGUAGAGGUCAACUAGUAAACGGCCACCGCCUCCUCCUCCAAAUGCUGGCGCUGGAGUACCCCGAGUUUUGUGUGGCGUCCCUCCAAAAAAGCGCAAGCCUUCGCAACUCCUACCAGAACCGACCGCCCAUUGGACUGUCCCUUCUUUGGGCGUUCGGGCAGGGAGGGUUCAGCGACUUCUCAGUAGGCUUGAAAGCGUGGCAAGAUCUAUUCCUUCCAAUAAUAGAAUUAAAGAAUUAUUCUAAGUACGUGGUAGGGUAUUUGUGCCAGUUACUGGACAGGCACGCCAAGAUGGACGCCACAGUGAGCCAGGAGCAACUGUUGGCGAUGUUCGAUAUGGUGAACAGUAAGAAGGGCCUGUCUAAGGAUAUGUCAAGUGACCUUAUGAAGCAAUUAAGUAAAUAUAAGGAUAUAUACUUCAAUAAUAGCAGCGCCAAACUCCAAGUGACCUUCAACCAGAUAAUAAAGAAACUGCCCAACCAGUACUUGAGCGGUUUGAACCUGGACCCCUACAACCGAGUACUAGUAGAAAGUUUAGUAGACUGUUUGCAGCGGGACGACUCUUGUAACGCUACGUGGAGGCAGCUGUUCCAUCGCUGUCCAAAACAGUCUGCCACUCUACUAGAUUACAUAGAUUCUAAUUGGGCAAAAAUCAGUCCAAAGCUAAAGCAAAAAUCCUUGAAAAUGACAGUAACUCAGUAUAAAGAGAUUAGUGUUGAAACUUUGAAAGGAAAGAAAAAAGAUGAAACCGUUGUAAAGACCAAUAAAAUUUGCCAGGAUAUUCUAGACAGAAUGACGAGCACUAGAAGAUUCCCUUGGCUGUGGGCGAGCUUCAUCUUACUGCUGGGCAUCGCUGGACUGAUCGCCUAUGAUGUCUCGACAGUUAAUGGAAACUUCCCGAAGAGCGCAACCGGCCGACUACUCAACGAUCUAGGUAUCCUCGAGCAGAGCCAGCGAGCAUGGCAGAAGUCCCUUUCCGCCUCCGCUAGAGGGUACCUCUGGCUUGAAACCAACACACCCAUCUACUACUCCCAAGCGGCUGAAAUAGCCAAACCAUACGGACAACUGUCAAGAGACGCCUUCACAGUCGGUCUUAAGAAAGUGGGCAUAAUUUAUGGCAACAUAAAGGACUAUGUUGUUGAGAAAACUCCAGUGGUUGUAGCUACUAUAGAGCAUUACAUACCUGGAUUGGUGGAUAGUGUGGUGGGAUACACGACGACGGGGUAUGAAGCUGUGAAGAAGUAUUCGGUCGAAUACUACCAGUUUACUUCGGAGUAUUUGAAGACCAAAGUUUUUAUAGGCGAGUGGGCCCCCGAAGUCCUCCAGAACAAGACCCAGAGCGCCCUCAACGUGACCCGCUUCCACGUCUCAACAUACUUCCACUGGCUCCGGACGCAGGUCGACGUGUACUCCGCGAUACCUUGAACACCGCCGUGCGGUGCAAGUACUAAACCAUCAUGUGCUGGAGGGUCUCGUUUUAAGUUCAUUUCUGAAUAAUUGUUUGAAAGUCUAUAAGUUCUCAGUCCGUUGCAAUGUUAAUAUCGUCACUACUUUGAAAAAACCUCGUAUCACUGCUACUCAAAGUUAAAAGGCAGGAACAGGAUACAGAUAGUGCAUAAGUAUUUUUUCGGAAACGUUCGUAUUUGUCAUGCUAGCUCAGUCAACCUCAGUACUUUUUGUACCGAGACUGACUGAAAUAGCAAAUAGCAAGACACGUUCGUGCGUUUCUGUGAAAAAACGAUGGAAAAUAAUUAUGUACGACAUAUUUAUAUUGAUUGACAGAACAAGUUACGAGUUUUUUUCUAAGUAGUGCCGAUAUAUGGUUGUUAUUGGACAGAUUAGUUAUUGUAAAGAGGAAAUGUUAGGCCUACGAUACGCUGUUGGUUUUCUAUUUUGGUUCCUCUAAAGGCGGGAUACCAGUGUGUGGAAUCCCGCCUCAACACGCACUUCGCACGUAGCAAUCAAUUUGUUUUUAAUUUUGUAUAAAUCAUUGAAGUAAAAAUGCUUUGAAAACAGUAGAUUCUGUGUCUAUGGGCCCUAAUGGCUGUCUUUUAUACAGCUUUUCAUGUAUUUAUUCCAAUCAAGUCCGUUUUUUUUUUUUAAAUUUUGUAAAUCGUAUUCUAGCAGCUACAUGAGCAUACAUGAGUAUCGGCGAUUUGGGCUCUCAAACACACUUUGAUUUAAAACGAAAUUCUUUAUAAUUUUCUUCUUAGUAAUUAAAGUUUGGCAAGCCAAUUGCGUCAGUAAAAAAAGGCGGCAAAUGUAGGCUAAGGGUUGUCCUGCCAUUGAAAAAUUGAAUUUCUCGUUUUUCUACUGACAAAGUGGGUUUGCCAGAGUAUAUUAACGUUUUAAAAGUGAGGCACGUGCACCAUUUUUUUUUUUUUAGUUUUUACUCAUUGAGCAACCCUUCAGCCACACAUGUAUAACUGUACAUUUUAUUUGUAAAACCCCUCUACAAAUUAGACAUGGUAACAUUUUAAAUCAAGUACAAUAGUUUUCGAAACACGUUUGCAUCGAAAAAAACACCAUUUCUAGAUGUUAUUCUUCAAAAAUCAUAUCUUUCAACCGCUUCCAUGACAUUUAAAUCAUAGUUUUAUGCAUUUGCUAGUAUUUUUGAUGAAAUCAAACAUUCCUAAUGCAUUUUUUGAUUAUUUUUUUUCCAAUUUUAACACAAGUCGUUGAUUUUAAUGACUGAACUGAGUUUUAACUAAUCAUCGAAUUCGCGUAGUUUUGCAUAAUUUUUCAAAUCUUUCAUUAAGAUUUGCCGAUUAAUUAUUGACCCUUUGAGCUCGAAAAACUCGAAUUAUUAUGUAUAUUACUAGGUAUAUAUAUUUCGGAUAAAAUCUUGAAAGCUAACUUCAUCUUUAGGACUAGUUUACACUAGGUGAACCGUCAAAGUUAUGCUGACACUAUCAGCCUGAUAGACACCUAGUGUGAACACACCCAUAUUGAGUUUUGCGUAGUGUAUUCAUUUUACAUAACUGAUCACAAAUAUGGUACUAGAUAUCAAAGAACUAAAGUAAUCUUUAGAAUUAAAACUCUUAGAGUGCUCACGCUAUGAGCAUUUUGCCGCCCGUGGCGAAAAGCUGAUUACUUGAACACGGUACAUUUGUCAAGGUAACUUUUUUAUAGUACCUACUAACUGUAACCUAGUAACUGUAAGAAAUGUUACUAUUUCUAAUAGAUUUUGAUUUAUUUCAUCCCAUAAAAAUGAUUUCAAACUAAUUUGUACAUUAUUAACAAAAAAACAUUUUAAGUUUGGGCGGCAAAAUGCUCCCCUCGCGUUUCACGGAAAGACGCGAUUACUCCAGGGUUAAAUAAGAUAUAUGUUAUGAGUUUAAUAAUUAAAUAUCUACCAAAUUGGCGGUCUAUGCAAGAUUUCUAAAUUUAUGACAGUUUGCUAGUACUAGUUUUAUAGUGGGUAUAUUUAUUUGUGUUGAUCGUGUGUUGAACAUAUACAAUAGGGGAACAUUUCUAUGUGUCUCAAACUGUGGAUGUUAUAUGUAAUGAAUGUGCCGUUUACACUGAAAAUUGUUUUUAUUUAUAUUCUCUGUAAAAAAUAACUGCUGUAGAUCAGUUACUUACUUGUUAUUUAGGUUGAGAUAUACUGAAUGUUCUUUCAAGACAAAAGCAAGGGUUGGCAGUGUAUUUACAGACACUGAAUAAUAUUAGAUACUAGUACACUUCAAGUAAAAUGGGUAAACUUACCGAACAGCCUUACAUCAAAGAUUGUAUUUGAAUAAAUUUUCAGUUAUCCCCUUUUAAAAUGCUAACUUACUUAUAUAACUUUAUAAACACCCAUGGUCAAAAAACGUAACAAUGAAAUACUCGGAUAUCAAAAUAUUUUCUCUAAAACUUGACGUAGCUGCUGGGGCCAGCCCACACUAGCUUCUUUAGAGCGUCGCCGUCUAAAUAGUCAGCGCUAUGUAAAAUGUCUUCGCUGCGCACUUGCGCCAACGUUGCAUCUAGCAGCAGAUGAGCAGCCAUAGAGUUGACUUGACGCAGACGCUCCGAAGACGCUAGACGGGGUGGCCCUUAAUCUCAACUUGUUUGGAAACUUCAGUUUGGCCAUAACCGCAUGAGUUAGUAUAAAUGUUGUGCUGUAUGAAAUUACUUUAAGGAGUCACAAUAAAAUAUUGUUAGUGAUUUUU